AAACGAGUUAGAAAAUCGCGCCGGAUACGACGUUGUUUUGUCGCCCUCUUCCCGCACGGAAACACCUGUUAUUGGUGUCACGCACUUGUUGGAUGAUCCCAGGAACACAGGUUCACUUCAAGUAAGGCAUUGUGCUACGUAAACAUCGCUGCAGGGCUGGAUUUUAUUGAAGGUUAGUGACAAUGUUAUUCGGGCCCACCUGAGCGCGGAUAGCCGUUGCUAUGUGAUACAGGGAUAGAUUCUAUCAACAAUACGAAACUAUUUCUUUCCGUGUCUAUGGGAGUCAGUGGGAGUGGAUCUGAUACAUGACAAGGUAGCGCUACCGCCGUUUAUUUGCUUAGCGUUGUAACAUCAAGAAAACAUACUACAGACGUGAGGGAUCUACGGUAAAGGACGCCCAUGGAACAGAGACGGGGUCGGCGGCGGAGAUCCACCUCCCCGUCGAAACGUCUCGGGGCCAGUCGCACCAGGUCGCCGGCCAGAGACGGCUCACGAUCCGCUCCACCCGACUACGGACACACGGGGUCGUCCUCCGAGUCGGGCUCUUCUACGGGACGAUCUAAGAGCCCGGACCGCCCAUGGAAGGGCCCAGGGAUGGGACCUGGCAUGGUGCGCAUGUAUCUAAAGGGCAGGCCCAUCGCCAUGAUCGCCCCCCAAGAAGCGGGACAAGUGGACCUGUCCAGGGAGUCCAAGCCGCCCAGAGAGCAGCUACAACUGGAGUGGGUUUACGGGUACCGAGGGCGAGACUGCCGUGCGAACCUGUACCAGCUGGCCUCAGGAGAGGUGGUGUACUUUAUCGCGGCUAUUGUCGUCAUCUACGAUCCGAAGAGACACACACAGAGACACUACCUGGGUCAUAAUGACGACAUCAAAUGCAUUUCCGUCCAUCCAGACAGAGUUUUGGUAGCCAGUGGGCAAGUUGGAGGUCAUGAUAGAAGCGAGGAGCUUCCUUGCUACGAGAGAUUCGACCCAUAUUACAAAAACGCCGACGAAAGUAACUGGUACAAGCCUCACAUUCGCAUCUGGGACUCCAGAACGCUUCACACCUUACAAGUCAUCGGCGCCGGCAAGCUGAGAUUAGGAGUCUGCGCGGUUUCGUUUUCCGUCGCUGACGGAGGUACAAAGGUAGCGGUAGUGGAUGAAUCUGGCAGUGGGCACAUGUUGAGGAUGUGGGACUGGAAAAGCAACACGAUGUUGGGAGAGGCAAAGGCAACAACGGAGCCUUUACAUUUGGCUGCGUUCAACCCGGUGGACAGCAGACAGCUGGUUACAGCUGGGAAAUUCCACCUGGCUUUCUGGCACCUGAGGAAAGAUGGCGUCUUAACCAAGAAGAACGGCAUCUUCGACGAUCUCAAGGCCAAGUUCGUACAUUGUAUCGCUUUUACACACACUGGUGACGUCAUCACAGGCGACUCGAAAGGCAACAUCCUUGUAUGGAAGAAAGAUACCAACCGUAUCAGUCACUCUAUAAUCGGCGCUCACAAGGGCGGGGUUUUGGCGCUGCACACCCUGAGGGGAGGCCUGGUGAUGGUGUCUGGCGGGAGCGACAAGAAGGUGGUGUUGUGGGACGGCGCGCUGCAGGCACCGCUCAAAGUCAGCCAGAUUCCCGCGGGAUUGGGAGGUGUGCGGUCCAUAUGCGCGUGGGAUCAAGGGAAGCACGCGGCCGAGAACGUGGUAUUCGUCGGGACGCUCGGGAACGGGAUCUGCCGAGGGGAGAUCGGGAGGGAGUUCAAGUCCGUCCUGGAGGGGCAUAUGGAGGAGCUAUGGGGCCUUGCCGCCCACCCGUUCGCGCCCAUGUUUGUGACGUGUGACUACUCCAAACAGGUGGUUCUGUGGAACGCCAUGAAGAGAGAACCCAUGUGGCGGAAAUCCAUCAAGUACGCAGCACAGUCUGCUGACAUCUACCCAACUGGAAGAAUCAUUGCAGUUGGAACUACUUCUGGAAGGUGGUGUGUGCUGGACGCAAUGACCUCUGACGUCAUCUACGAGCGUAGAGACGGGGUCGAACAACUGGAUUGUCUCGUGUACUCCCCCAACGGAAGACUCUUGGCCGUCGGGUCUCACGACAACUUUAUCUAUAUCUACGCCGUAUACGACGAUGGUAGAGACUACAAGAAAAUAGGUCGCCUGGAAGGACACUCCAGUUUCGUCACCCACCUUGAUUGGUCGUCAGACAGUAGAUUUCUCCAGAGCACUUCCGGGGACUACGAGCUGCUGUACUGGGACGUCAUCACAUUACGUCACGUCGGUCACGUGUCCGCCAUGACUGACGUCAACUGGCACACAUACACAUGCGUGUUCGGUUACAACGUGUUCGGGAUGUGGCCAGAGGGAGCAGACGGUACUGACGUUAACGCAUGCGCAGCUUCACGCGACCGCACCUUGCUUGCGUCAUCAGACGACUUCGGCAAGGUCAACCUGUUCAAGUUCCCCUGCUGUACACAUAAGAGCGCUGGUCACAUCUACCCAGGACACAGUAGUCACGUGACGUGUGUCCGGUUCCUGUAUGACGACAGCUACCUGUUAUCAACAGGCGGGGCGGACUCUGCGGUCUUCCAGUGGAGAGUGGUCGGCAAAAACGGGCGGCCCAGACCUACCAAAACUGUCACAGAAACUACAAGGGAAGAGACUGCUUUUGCGUCACCCCGAGCAGAUCGUCCGUUGAAGAAAAACAGAAUAUCCAAACUGAGAGACGCGGAAACACAGACAAGCCGGCCGACCACGCCCACUACCGUUAUGCGACCAAUCAGGGACGAAAACAGAAAAGUCAACAGCCAACCAAAAGCGACACCCACAGAAUGUUCCCCGCCAAUCAAGGACAAGAACAGAAAUGUCAUUACAGAACUGGAAAAUACGGAAAAGAAAGACUCUGAGGAACAGAAAUUGAUACAGCAAUUAGUCGAUGACAUUUUUGCCUCAAGCUAAGAUCAGAGUAACCUGUAGACGCCACAUAGGAACUAAGCAACUACAAUGACUUUAAAGUGCUUCCAUAGUUUUCCCAUAGUCACUAGGACACAAGGUGCAUAAGAUGGGAAACUUUUGUAAAUAUGAACAAAAUAUAACGCUCGAUCCAAGUGUUAUACAAAUGGGCUUAUACAGAUUUUCUGAGACGAUGACAUCAUAUAGAUAUAAUGAUACGGAUGGGAAAGAAAAUAUGGUGCCAUGUGAAAGAAAAUAUCAUGCGGAAAAAAUUCCUGUAGAAUAUUUGAAAUACUUAAAGAUAGAACACAAUAGUAUACCUAUUGGCUUGCUUCCUGAGACCGUUGCCAAAAACGUUUGCAACAACGGGAAGCUAGAAAACAGUACGAUGUUGCCUUUCAAGAACUUCUUGGAUAUUAGUCAAGCAGCACAAAAACUUCUUCCCAAGACUAGAAAUAGACCUGUUUCCAAAGUCACAUAUAGAGAAUGCCGUUGUGGACAUUAAAUUGGCUUGAUAUUGGCCAAAUUUCC